UCAUUUGAAGCUGCACACACUGAAUGAACAUUCAACCGGCGGUUCAUCCAACAACACAGUUUGUUUUGGUUUGUUGCACUGUUGAGCGCUCCGAUGGAAUCGAGCCUGGAAGUCACUAUCCAGUUCGUUGAACUCAUCCGGAAACAUCCCGUCAUAUACGACGGGACGAUCAAAUACCUCCGGAAUGCCGGUGCCCACAUUGCUGCUUGGGAGGAAGUGGCGGCCAGAACAGGAGCAACAACAGAGCAAUGUAAAAAGUGGUGGAAGAAGCUUCGUUCCUCGUUAUGCAGAAAAGUAAGAGAUAAUAACCACAAGGUAAAGCCAGACGGUAUUGAACCGCACCUGAGCUUUCUCACACCAAUCGUAAGGCCGAAGAACGCGGAAGGACCGGAGCUAGAGGAUCGCUUGGAUUACAACGUAACGUUCGUGAAUUUAGUACGUAUGCGACCCUAUCUGUACAACGGAACCCAUCCCCAAUCAAGACCAACCCUGUGGGAGGAGGUAGCGCAACAGUUGCGGGAAGCCUAUCCGGCCAGUGCCGCCAGCGGAGCAGAGUGCAAACGCCGGUGGGAAAAGUUCCGGUACAGUUACAACAUCUUCCUGCGAAAGGGCUACCGGUUUCGGCCGUGGGGAAUCGAGAGGCACUUUCGGUUCCUGAUUCCGUUCCUGCAGUACCGCGUUCCGGACCGGGUGGACGCAUACAGGGCUGCGAGGCAACUGAUAGACCUGGUUCGGAGUUAUCCCUGCCUGUACGAUGGUUCCGAUCGUCACGCGAAAACCGACGCGUGGGAAGCGGUGGCGAAGGGCAUGGGAGAGGCAGCAACCCCCCUGGAAUGCCUCCGAAAGUGGCUCAAACUGCGAGACGGAUUCCAGCGCCACCUGAGGGACGGAAAAGAUCUCCAUCCGCGUGGCAUCGAGGAAGAGUUGCGCUUUCUGGAGCCGUAUCUCGCUACGGAAGGGUCGGUGGCCGAGCAGGGCCUGCCGGUCGAUGAGGAUGAGAUGUUUGUGAUGCAAUUUGUGGAAGGUAUGGGGCGGAUGAGCGCGUCCCAGAAUAGACUGUUUCGGAUUGAGGCGAUCAGGGCUGUGCGGGAGAUUUUGGAUGGGUAAUAAAAAGCGAAUUGAAUAUUUUCAAAUAAUAUCAUACAUUCU